AUGGACAGGCCAAACACUGCUGGCCAACUUAAAGACAAGUCACUUUUCCAGGACAGUGACGGCAGCACAGUUCCUGCCAAGAGUGUGUGCCAUAAUUGUUCAAAGCUAAAGAUAUUUCUUGGAGCUCUAGCUUUUUCCUUUUUUGCCAAAGGAUUUUCUGGAAGCUACAUGAAAAGCAUGUCCAGUCAAAUUGAAAGGAGAUUUGAAAUCUCGUCAUCGAUUGUUGGCAUUAUUGACGGCAGCUUUGAGAUAGGUAACUUAAUGGUAAUGGUGUUGGUGAGCUACCUUGGACCAAGAGUUCAUCGACCAAAAGUAAUUGCUGUUGGAUGUCUCAUCAUGUCUUUAGGAGCAUUUUUGUCAGUGAUGCCUCAGUUCCUAAUGGGACGUUAUAAUUAUGAAAGGAUAACUGUUAGUGUGGACAACUCCUCUGCGAGUGUAUCAGCUUGCUCCCCAGCAUUGUCUGAGGGCCGUCCGGUCACAGAUACUACGGAAACACCCAGCGCAGUGAAAAAUUUCGGAUGUGAGAAAACAACAAAUACCUAUCUGUGGCUCUUUGUGCUGAUGGGGAACCUUUUACGUGGAAUUGGGGAAGCACCAGUUAUGCCACUGGGGGUGUCAUAUAUAGAUGAUUUUUCUAAAGAAGAAAACUCAGCUUUUUACAUAGGCCUGGUGAGAUCCACGGGCAUGUUUGGGCCGACCCUGGGCUUCCUGCUUGGAUCUUUCUGUGCCAGCCUCUGGGUUGACAUUGGCAUUGUGGAUAUCGAUGCCAUCAGCAUAAAUCCUAAGGAUACCCGUUGGGUUGGUGCCUGGUGGCUUGGAUUGCUUAUCUGUGGAGCAGUCAACUUCAUUGCUUCAUUGCCUUUCUGGUUUUUGCCUUACUCCUUACCAAAAGAAGGAGAGAAUGAAAACCUGAAGAGUGGUCAUUUUCCUGUUCAAGGAGAUCACUGUAAAAUAAACCCACCAGCUCACCCACAGUUAAAGUUCUCAGAGGCAGUAAAAGAUUUCUUCCCAGCUCUGAAGAAGCUGUUUGGAAAUCCAGUUUUCCUGGUGUUCAUCUUCCUCACUAUUCUGCAGUACAAUUCUCUUGUUGGGUUGAUAACCUAUGAGACAAAGUUUAUGGAGCAGCAAUUUAACGUAUCAGUGGCAAGAGCCAUCUUUCUAAUCGGUGUGAUACUUUUACCCAUCACAAUCCUGGGGAUGUUUCUAGGAGGCUUUCUGAUCAAGAAAUUCAAACUUCACAUAACUGAAAUGGCAAAGUUUGCAUGCAUCACCUUUAUAGUAGCGUACUUGUUAAACCUCUUGUACUUUACAUGCAGUUGCGAGGUGCUCCAGGUGGCUGGUUUGACAGCACCCUACUCCGGAUUAAAGCAUCUUUCCUCCCCCAAAAACAGCUUAAUGGCCAGUUGCAAUGUUGACUGCAGCUGCAAGCUGGAUCAGUGGGACCCUGUAUGUGGGGAUGAUGGGAUCACUUACAUGACAGCCUGCUUUGCGGGAUGUAAAUCGUCAACGGGGAUGGGAAAGAAUAUGGUGUUUCACAAUUGCAGCUGUGUGGAAGGACAAGGGCAUGGGCUUGUCAAUUCCUCUGCAGUUUUGGGACAAUGCCAAAGAGAAAGCUGUACCAAAGCAUUUCCCUAUUUCUUAGCAUUACAGAGUGCAUGUGCAUUUAUUUUAGCCUUAGGAGGCACUCCUACGUACAUGAUUAUGUUUAGAUCUGUUUCACCAGACCUGAAAUCCUUUGCUGUUGGGAUUGAAACUUUAGGUGGCAGAGUACUAGGAGGACUCCCAGCCCCUAUUUAUUUUGGUGCCUUGAUAGAUGAGACUUGCUUGAAAUGGGGGACAAAAGACUGUGGUGGAUCUGGAUCUUGCCGAGUAUAUGACACGAAAGCAUUCAGAAAUGUCUAUCUUGGCCUCAUUGCAGGACUACGGGCAGGAUGCUGUCUCUUAUACGUAGUGCUCUCUGUUUUAAUAACGAAACGCUUCAAACCAGAUGGCAAAGAGGUGACAGAUAUCAAAAAUACAGAAAGAUCAACCAGCAAAGAACCAGCUACUGCCAACAAAAGAGAAAUUCUUCCUGGUGCAAGAACCUCAGAGGAGAGUGAGGAAACUUCUAUGUAA